GUUUUGUUUGACCGUCAGAAAAUCGCCGCCUCUUCUAACAUGGAGUCUUCUUUGUGUCGGCACUGCUUCACUGGUUGUAGUUUGAAGCGUGUCCACUUGCUUUGGGUCUCUCUUGUGCUGUGCUUCGGGAAAGGUUCUGUUAUUUUCGACCACAGACGAAAAGCAAGAGAGGACGGCGCGCGCUCUCGAUCUCGCUCCUCGGGCUCAGUGGUCGAUGUCGCACCUCUGUCCUCGUCGCACAGCAGCUCGCGACCGCGGCAGUUCUUUGAUGAUAUCAGCAGCUUGCACCAGCACAUAAGAUGUAGUUUGCCUCAACACGACGCGGAUAUUUCAGAACUUCCCUCGGCAACUAGUUUUUCGGUUUUCGAAGAGCUGCCAGCUAGAGUUUCCAGUGGUGCAACAGCUUCGAGUGGUGCGUCUUGUCCUUCUUUCGAUAUUUUUUCCUUCCCUUUGGGUAGUUGUACCAGAGGCGCCAGGGAGACAACUGAGAUGGCGGCACCUCCGUCCCGUGUAGCAGCGCAACAUAGGAGCGGUGGCGACGCGGCUUCAAUUGCGUUGCCGUUUUGUUGUGGCCAUUUUGACACCACGGGAACAUCUGCAGGAUCGGGCUCUUGCUCUUCUCUCAGCCCUUCGCAAAAAGCAGCUAAACUAACUGCGACGCUGUGCAACGUCAACAAAUGUACGGUUAAUGUGACCCCUGACGCGGUGAGUAGACCGUUCUCAGCAAUGAAAGGGUCUCUUGCUAAGGCGACGAGGACGGCUGAAGGCGCGAAUAUUGAGAUAGAAGCAACAGAGCUUUAUCAGUUAGCAGCGCAGCUUCGGAGAGAUGCAUACAAAGAAUUCUUCAUCUUACCAAGACUAUUUGCUGUUAAAGAGGUCUUGUUGCCUUUCCUCGCACAACAGAAUGGAAUCAAGUUAUGAAAAUGGAAAGGAAGCAGAAGUGCGAAAAAUGAUUUCAGAAUCGCUGGGUAUUGUCGUGGAGUCUCAAUUUCCAAUGACCGCUUUAAAACACGCAAAGCUGGAAUAAACCAGUAAAUACAGGAGACAGGUUUCGCCAUCGGUAUGAUAAAUCGGUAGUCGCUUAGAUUAGGCAGUUACCUACGAGGAACUCUCCUGUGUAUUUCUAAGAAAGGACACGUGUUUGCCAACGGACAAUGCGAGUACAAAGAAAGAACGCGAAGAGGCGUUGGUCCCCACGCGAUCAAACGUCUUCGCAGAGCUUCUGGCAAUGGGUCCUGAUGUUGACUGCAACGGAGCGGAGAAGCUGUACAAGACGGUGGGGAAUACGCUUCCCGCGCUCAUGUUUCGGGUCGGCGCAUCACCGUGGCCUGAGCCCCAUGAGGAGGGGACCACAACGCGAAGCUCAUGGUCAGAGGUCAUGCCAUCGCGUCGCAUGGAUGGCGGGGAUAGACCCGAUGGGCAGAGAGAAGGAAGUCCAAAGGGUAAUGCAGCAAACUCGGACCGAAGAGCGGUGACGAGCGCGAUGCCAAGCAGCGGCGCCAAGAUACAACCUGCGCAGGACUCACCUCCGUGGGUACUGCUAUCGGGUAUCAACCGGCUGUUGUUACGGCUCUUACUAUACCGCAUUUCGUUUCCACGGAUGAUUCCCUCUGUAGUUUCCUUUCUAGCGGGUUCAGGUUUAGGAGCAAGCGUUAAGUAGCAUGGAGGAACAGGAAUUCGAUCCAAGAUCAACAAGAAGUACUGCGAUUGAGUGCCGCUAAUUCCACAUAUAAUGAUGGAGAAACAGCGUCUUUUAGGCAAGUUGGAGAAGCAGCAGUACCAAGAUCUCGCGCGCCGUAGUCGUGGACGCCUGAUGAAGGAACGCCGGUGUAAGGUGAUCGCUUCUCAUAGUUCCGGAAAAGCAAGUUCGCUAUCUCUUUCCGAUUCAGACUCGACUUCGCAAGCGACUCUGCCAUCUUCGUGGAUGGGAGAUUUCAUAUACGACUACGUCAACAGAAGUAAUCCGGUUGGGGAUUCUCCAGUUCGCUCGAGGGAACGUUCUGAUUCCUCUAGGGUCACUUCGAGUGCGUCCUCGACGCUUGACGAGGACACAGUCAACAAUGGGCCAGCUGAGCCUGAGCAAUGGCCAAUGGACUUUUCUCUAGAGAGAGGUACAACUACUCAAAGUCUUGACUCAUCGAGUCCCGCAGAAACGCCGAGCAGUGGGUUCAGGAGGCGUGCUUCAAGAACAGAGGAAAUACGAACAGGGGAGGACUUGUUUUUUCCUAGCGCACAGGAUGUUGAUGCUGACAGCACAGCAACUGUAUCUGCUCCAACAAUGAACGAAGAGCAGAUGGUUGCCAUGCGACGAGAACAGCGGUCCCGUGCGCCCACCCCAAGAAGGCAGCAAGAGAGUUCGUCCCAACGAAGUAGUUCAGGACGUGGUCGAAGACGCUCGUCACACACAAGCAGAACAGCUUCAGCAAGUCCUCUGCGGACGUCGCGCAGGCGGCGAAGAGGAGGACGCAGCGGACGCAGCACAACUUCUAGGACUGACGUCGAUCCUCGUAUGGAGCAAGAGGCUAGAACUAGUGGGAGGCACAGGAACGAGAACUUCUCGCCGAGCAGCUCGAACGUCUGGUAUUGUGCAGGCGGCUGCGCAGGAGGUCGCUCCUCUAACGCGGCGUCGGCAUACAGAACUCCGAAUGCCGAUUGUGGCGUCUAUGCUGCGCGAGCUCAGGGUCUGCGAAAUAUUCGAGACUUUCUGCGCGGUGGCCGAGCAUCGCGCAAGCACCGCAUCGGAGCUGGAACGACGAAGACAGAAGGAGACCGAGACGGUGCCUUCAUAUUGGAGGAAGAGGACGACUUUGUUCACCGAACUACAUGCAGUGACGCUGGUCAACAACUUGUUUCCGGGAACGCGGGAGGGUCGUUCCACCACAAUCUGCCUCAAGGUGCCAACAGCACGUCCUCCACUACGUCGAAGUCGUCCAAAUACAUCAAAGUGCUUUUUCUCCGAGGAUUCCGGGUGCACUGGCGAGGAGUCUAUCGUAGUUCUUCUUUGGAAGAAGGUGAAAUGAUGGAGCGCGAAUACACGUUGCCUGACAGAGACACAGGUAGGGAAUCCGAUUUCACACUUCUGCUCGCACUUCCCGCACUCGGCGCUGAGGAGGUGGAAAAACUACACGAGCAGGAAGCGUGCGGUACUGCUUUCGGAACAUCGAUAGGGGCUGAUCCUUGCUGGGACAGGCGGCCUUUUCUCGAUACGGCUACUCCACGAGCUGGGCGCUGCAACGUGACUACGCUACCGGAUAAACCGGGCGUCUCAGAUAAUGCAGGCGAUCCUGUUGUUGAUAGGAGGAACGACCAAAGUGAGAAUGUUCAAAUUGCUGCUUCUCCUUCCACCUCAUCACCUAUUCUGUCGCGGAUCACUCGGCAUCACCAGCUUUUGCAGAGAGAUGUGGAGAUGCAGGGCCAGCUUCGGGCAACUCCCCUCCAACAUAGUUAAGGGAAUCGCGAGCCAUCCAUUUUUGACUACAUCGCUUAGUUGUUUACGUUUUUGAACAUCUGUCUAUCAUGCAUACGUUGUCGUGUCGUCUCCUUGUGGAAAAAACUUUGUAGCUCCAAUACCUGAAAGUUGUUCUAACGAUGAAAGACCAUUAAUAAUUUUUUGUGCUAGGAGGUCGAGGUCCUCUAAGAUUACAAUGGAGGUGCCACUUCUAGAUCGCGCAGUCGCUCUGGUUCACAUUCGUCAAACGAUUCUACGUCCCGAGCUAGUUCGCCACCGCCUGUGCCAUUGUUUGCGCCACGGAAUCUCUGGGGGUCGCCGAAUACUAGUAUGGCGGAGACCUCGUUACCUACGAGCCCCACUUCGAGUCUGCACCACUUUGAUCCAGCUGAGUCCUCUUCCGGUGAUGGACUGUCAUCAUCGGCGUCGGCCUCGUCGCUACCGGGAACACACAUCUGCGUGGCCUCUACCACAAGGAAUCGGGACCGGCUGGGUUCGUCGUUCUCGUCGUUGCUAGGAACGGGCGUGGCUGCAACAAGCGAUCGACUUGCUUCCUCGUCCUCGUCGUUGCCAGGAGGAGAGUUCGACUUGCGGGAUCAUCAGCAGCAAGGUUUGCACGACAUCGAGAGCGACGACAUUAGUGUCGUGGAAGAAAGCAAUCGAAGAUUCCAUCACGAUGUUACCUCGUCAGGGAUCCCUUCAAGCAGCUCCGCUGCUGGGGCGUCUUCACAGUCCGCCACAACCCCGUUGUCCUCGAGUGGCCAUUCCAUAUCAACGGUUUCCUCUUCGCGACAGUGGCUAGAGGCACACCUACUUAUUGCUACGAGAGAAAGGCUCUUAGCGGCGGACUCUGGUGAUGAAGUUACGAUCGACGAAGCCGGCAGCGCAGUCACGGGGAGAACACCAACCUCGGACUUCGAGGACAGUAUGGCCCAGACACUUGCAGCAGUGCGUAUGAGCACUUCUAGUGGAGGUCGCAAGCGACGAGCCACUGAGGGCGACUUUAGCGACGUAGACAGCCGAGGAUGCAUGGUAACUACGCGAUCAGAAGUCUAUUAUGAUGAUGCAGGAAGAGGCAGCACGACUUUUGAUAGACUACAGGACUCAUCGUCACAGAGCUUCCACAUAGGUGAAUCUCCGACACGAAGCUGCGACACGACCUCCGACAUGGAAAUAGAUGCUGACCGGUGUAAUCCGAACCGACUCGCAUCAUCAUCAAUAAAUGCUGAUCACGUAAUAUCUGUCGAAGCCGGAGCACGCGCGUCCGUAUCUUCGACAACUGGACGUAGCGCCUCGCUUCCUCGCCAGAUCACAGCAGGUAGCUCGUCUAGUUCAAGUGGUGUUGUAUCCCAGGGACAAGAAAAUAUUGUGAGCAUGAGCAGAGAUAUUAUCUCUUCUAUGUCUAUUGCUUCCGACCAUGUAGUUGGAGUGGAGCCUAGUCGUGGUGGUCGAAAUCGGUACACAGAUACAGCGCUAUCCGAACCGAAAAGGGCACGGACAUCCUACUCAGGCGGAGACGGAAAUUCUUUCGUAAAAUCUGGAGCAUCUGCUGCAGAGCGUGGUCCACCGCUGCUUAGCGCCAUGAUAUUCUACGACGAGCACCUCGUCGACGGUUACCGCGCCCGCAUCACCGAUCAUACGCACUUACGUGACUCGCUCACGCUGACAGUGUCCGCCAGUGAAGUGGUGGGCGAGGGAGUUCGGGGACAGAGAUUCCAUUACGCGUCGGACGAAGGUAAAGAUCCCACUCGUAGCAGUACAAGUACUGCAGAGCUUGAGGGAGCACAAGCAGGAAGACCACAGCGAGAGUUUUUUGUGCCGUUUAUGGCCUUGCAUUUCCAGGUAGAGUAUGACUUUGCAAAGCAGACUGUGCUGGUAACGCGUCUCGCCACUGUAGCAGAUGCAGAUAUGGCUAGAAUUCAAGCGGCACGACCGGACGGGGAAGAAGCUUAUGGGGGAAUUGAAGACGAAGCGUCAGACUCAUAGUUAGACGUACCUCUACUUCCUUCGGAAGUUUCAUUUCGUAAGAAGUUUGAGUUGCAAAGACAUUGAUUGUACUCCAGAGAUUGUGUUGAUAUAGUACUGAUGGUCUGAUUGUCCUUUUGGUUAUCUGUGCAGGUUCAUUCUACUUGUUUUAGAAAUGAGUUGGUUCCUCAACUUUUCUUUCCUGUUAUUCCACCAUCAUUAUGAUAUUUACUUGUCGAGAAAAUAGCUGGGUUCUUCAUGUUGCAGAGUCGUAAAAUCUUCUAGAAUUGUUAUAGUACAUAAGACAUGCCGAUGGCCACCCUGUAACUUACGACAUCAUGGUGACAUAAUUUUGAUUAUGAGAAUAGUCAAAGUACUACUGCGUGAGAGCAUGAGUACAUAGUACAACAUUCUACACAUUAGUUGCCGGUCGACCCCAGUCAGAGUAAUUUUGACUGAAGGAAGCUGACACGGUGAUCUUCGAAUGUCAACGAUGUUUUUCUUGUCGACCACGUUGUACCUUAUGUCGUGGCCAAGUAUGAGUGGUGUUUUGCGACACAGCAUGGACAAACUGGGAAAGAUAGUGCAGACUUGUGUGAGCAUAUGCAUGUUCCGUCGUGCAAUAUUAAUUGCCUGCAUAUAAGCAUUGAUUGAGUUGUGCAUCAUGUUUUCGACGAGGCAAAGGCCCGUGCUUUCCUCAGCAAAGAAUAAAGUUCCUUUUUUUUACCAAAAUUUUAU